AUGUAUAUGUUUGCGCUGGUGAACCCGCAUGAGACGCUGAGUUUUCUUCCGUACUCAACUGUAGAGGUCGUGUUCAACAACUUUCAGCUGUGGGGGAACCUCCAGAAUCACCACCCCGCUUGCAUCACGUAUGACCUCGAAGACGAGUGGAAGUGGAGGCCGCUGUUGAUGGAGCCCGCAGACCCGGUCGACUCCGACGUCCUCCUAGCGCCUCCCAUUCGCGACAAAAAGUGUCAAGUGCUCGCCGAGGACUUGGCGAGCAGCGUCUUGGAGCACAUUCGUCUGCAUCGGAUGAAGAAAGGUCUCGAGGUUUUCUUUGAGCACCGGGAGGAGCUCCUCUUUCGCCUCACCUUCUACCUCGACCUGCUGGAAUACCGAAUGCACCUGGAUGAUCUUCACAAUCCGGGGCCGGGUCCGAACCACAUGGGGUGGAGCAGCUUCCAAAACGAGUCUGAGAACGCAGAGAUGCUGCAGGAGAGCGACUGCCAGUUCUACCAAACGAUCAGCCGGCAGACGACGCUCACCUCGGAGGAAAAAGCGAUGCCGGAGACGCAAGAGGCGAUGCACAUGCACAGGGAGUAUGGCGGCGACGCCUACUGCAUGUUCGCGGACGUGCCGCCGCCUGGCGGAUUUUUCGACCCCUUCGAGACCCCGCAGGACUCCCCGCACCCUGGAGCGCUGCAGGAGGCACAGACGGCGAACGGCUGGACGAUGCAGCUCGUGCCGCACCAGAAUCCGCCGCAGCCCGAACUCGCGAUGAACCUCUGGAAGGCUUUGAGCAGGAAGUGA